GCUACAAAAUGCUAUUUUUCAGCAUAGUCAGUAUCAGUAGCUACCACCAAUGAACAAGAGCCUGCAUGCUGCCCUUGUAAAGAUCUGCAUGACUGUCUAGAAUGUGGCUUAUCUUUCACGUCAUUUCCACCACAGUUGAAAUGCACUACUCACUGCCUCACUGUGCUCACAUCCACUGUUUGGUCUCCAGAAACAUUCAGCAAGUGCCAGAAUGUCAGUGAGUGUAGUUUUUUCUGCAUGGGGAAAUUCAAUAACACACCUCUGCUUCAUGCACAGUUCCAUACCAGAUGCCAUUCUGUCAGACUGCCCCUCUGCUCCUCUGCUGCCAUCUGUCUCACAGCAACAACAUGUAAUGGAAUAUUGGUGGGAAGGUUCAACCUCUGCUGUCAUAGCACCAACACCCACCUCUGAAAUUGUAGGCCAAAAUAGUAAAAUAUGUGGCAUUACUUUCAGAGCAGCCCUCUAAUACAGCACAAUGAAUUUUCAUGUACAAGUCAGUAUAAACUACAUGAACCCUGUGUCACUGUGGAGUCAUUUCCUACCAUAGGAUCCGGAAAGUCUGUUGUAGAGGGGACAAAGACCUGUUUGGAUGCUCAGGAGAAACCAUUUUGUUGAUAAAGAUACUCAGCCAUAACUGCAAAGGAAGGGGGGCAAACAUGAAAGAACUACAAUGAAAGAGAGACAGUGCAGUUGUUGGCUAGCAAGAGAUAAAAACAUUAACUAGGUGAACAAAAGAAUCUGAGGAACCGUAAAGGAAGCAAAGAAUCUAAAGAAGGACAAAGAAAGGACAAAUUCAGGAAGGCUAGAAGCGCAAAAUGGAGAAAGAUCAGGAGUUCAGGCAUAAGAGAGAAUUACUGGAGUGGAAAAAAAUUAAGGGUAUCUUGAAGACUGCUUUCAAUAUAUCUUGCAUUUCUGCUUUCUGAACGGGUAUGAAGCCUAGUGCAUGUUGGUAGGAGACAGUCUGACCAGCGUGUAGCUUUGGAGAUGGUUAGCUUUCUAAAUGUCUAAUUUUCUUUGGCUGUUUCUCAGCCCCAUGUGGACUGCUUGUGGAAAAUAAUUAAGCUUUCUCUCAUAAGUGCAGUUGUAAGAGCACAGUUUUGUGCAUCCUUCGAUUUUGUACCAUUUUUUCAUGCAGAUGUGUCCUUUUGUUCUGCUCAUACUCCGAGCUUCUGUGAACUCUUUGAACUCUGCGCCAGAGGAGCAGUGAGCUUUUUGAAGUGCACAGAAUAGUGUCUGGUCAAGUUGCUCUGGCACAUGUUUCAUUCUUUUGGCAGACAACCAUAAUUUAGCAAUAGGAACAAAGUGAUUUAUCUUCAUAAAUAUCAAGUGGUUAUUUUUGGAGAAGAAAAGAGGGAGAUACCUUGCUGAAAUAUAUGGUUUGGCUGGCUAAGCCUUUGACACGCCAUCGCUUAGAUAAAACAACAGACAUUCUCGUAAUCUUUAAGUGCUGCUGUCCUUUAGAUGCCACCAAUUAGUAGAGAAAAGCAUGAAAUAUUGUGGUUGGGUACAACCACAUCUUGUCACGCUGACCCUAGUCCUGUCCUCCACCACUCAUACAAUUUUAAAUCUGGACCAAGAUUAGUUAGAGUUUCAGCUGAGGUAACUGGCUGGGCAUUGAGUUCAGGCUGCAGCCUGGGCAAAAGGUUUUGUUUGUGCUGUGGUUUCUUUUGCUUGGCUAAUUCCAGAUCUCAUCGCUGCUCCCCAGCUCCCUGUCAGUGUCUCCCUCUCACCAAGAUAGCUCCAAGUUCCCAUUCUCCAUUCCUUGAAUUUUCUUCUAAGUGCUUUGGCCUGUAAGGAUGACAUUAGGACAGGAAAGACCUGCAUGAGUUCCAGUGCCCCAUAAUGAUCAAGACUGUGACAAUCUGGAAUUGCAAUUGCUGAACAAAUUACAGAGAAUUAAGGAAGAGAAUCAACCUAAGGAUUGUUCCUGAUGGCUGCUUGUGUAGCCCAUCCUUAAAAACAGUGAUGGAAGUUCCUCAAACCCUCCAGCUAAUAUUUCCUUCUUUGCAGUAAAGUUUUAUACAACUGUACUUUGCUAUAAUGUCUUCCACAGGUUUUUUAUUAGUCAUGUUAAACAACCUUGAGGCCUUCAGUCUUCCUACAUAGGUCACACUUCCCAGAUCGCAGCUGUUUUCUCUGGGCUUUGCCCUUGUCUCUUAUGAGGUGCAGGGUUCAGCUGCAUACAAUGUAAGUUCCUACUAGUUCCAUGCAAAGAGGAACUAAUUUGGGUGCCUCCAUUAGCAAUUCAGUUUCCUCAUCACAUUUUAACAUUUGCUUUCUUAACAUACCCUGACACUCUCAGGUCAUGCUAAGAUACCUACCAGCGUUCCUUCCUCCAUCCAGCCAGUUCUCCAGCUCACCUUUUAUGUUUUGUCAGACUUGCCCAAGAGUUGUUCUUUGCCAUUGUCUUCACUGAGCCAAACUGAUUUUUAAAAACACGAAACCAGUAUUUCAGGAUUGUUGUUAAAUCUAUUUCUCACUCUUAGUGUGCUCAGUAGCUCAGUAUCACCCAGAAUUGUGCCAACCACAAACAUAUUAAAAACAGCCUUUUUUUUAUUAUUAUUUUAUUUUUCCCGGACAAGGAGGCUGUUACAAACAAAAGCAUUUGGCUUUUUAAACAAAUGUUCAUCAUGUCGUAAGUUGUGUACUCUGAUACUUUGCUAUGUAGUCUCUGUGAUCAAACCGCGUGUCCAUUUGGGACAGUCUUGAUUCCAGGAGUGAUCUGUACUCAAGCAAUAGUUCCUUUGCUUUAUUAGCUCCACCUUUGGUGGUAUCCUUUGGUUAUUAAAGAGCAAAAUAUUUUGAAAACCAUAUUUUGUACUUCAAAAUGGAAACCUUUGAGAAACUUUAACUGUACACUGACUGUAGCUUGCUGACUGACUGUGACUUGCUGGUGCAGCCUGCUAAUGCACCAAGCCCAAGAACUUAGUUCUUGGCUUCCCUUUAGAAAAUGCAUAGUAAUUGAAGUUUGGGACUUACUGCUCUACCUGCUAAAGCCAUUAGGAAAGACCACAGAUUCAACAUUUUUCACAAUUUAGUGCCUUUUUCGAACUGUGAAAAGGAAGAAAUCUCCUUUUUUGGUUCUAAGAGGCUGUUAAUCACUGGAAGAUACCAGAUUUUUGCAGUGACGGUUUCAGAAAUAUUGGAAGACAAGAGAAGCAAGGAAACAAUUUGUACAUCGGCUUUCAAAAUGCUUUUGAAACCUGGUUGCUGUUGUAAUGAAUUUACAAGAGCAAAAAUUUGUUCUUUGGAGUCAAGACAACCCAGUCCUUCCUCACCAAUUAAAAACAAAUCCCCAUUAUUAGGUCCUGUUCUUUUCCUUUCUUUUUUUCAACAACAAGUAUUGUAUUAAGUAUAGCACAUCUAAUAGUUCCUGCAUGCAACUAUGCGAAAAGAACUCACUUUCAUUCUUAUACUGUAUAUAUCCUUCUCACUAUGCUAACCAUAUAGCAUACCUAAAAUUUCUAACAAUCGUGUUACAAAUUCUGGCUAGUCGUAGAUUGCCAGAAUGACUGACUUUAGGCUUUUGUAGUGCUGGAAUUUAGCAUUAUGCUGCCCAGAUUCCUUAGAUUUUUCUGCAGCUAAAUGGAUCUUUUUUCUUUUCUUUUUUCUUUUUUCUUUUCCAUCAAUAAUUGAUAGUAAUGUAGAAGCAGCAUUUUGUUUUUAGGCACUCGCAUCAGACACACGUGGUUUUGCAAAUUAUUGUAGAUUUCUUGCUAUAAUCUCACUUCAUUCACAUGCAAUUGUAAGCAGCUGAGCUUUUCUGAUCCAGCACCAAGAAUUCAACCUGAACUCUGCAUUAAGCUGUGUGACUGGGAAGUUGAGCGCUAUUGCUUAACCCCUUUAACUGCAAUCCAUGAUGUCAGCCUUCCUGGGAUAGUUUCUCUCUGGAGCUUUGCUCAUAGCUUUGCUGGUGUUAAACACUUUUCUAUUCUGGGGAGUUAACUCCACCAUUCUGAACUUGCUCAAUUUGUGUGUAUUGUUCUUAGAUGAGGCAUGAGCCACAAUGAAGCCCUGAAGUUACCUUGCUGGGUUAGAGUAGGGGCCCAUCACAGUCAGUGCCUGCCUUGGCAAAAGUCUUUCAAAAGAAAGUGCAGUAAAUGGUGGUCAGCCAUCCAGGGGAGAUGCUGCCUUCUGCCUCCCUGAAUUGGAAUGUGUAUUAUCCCCCGAAAUAUGAGGAUCAAUAUGCAUUCCAAAGCCCUAGACUUUUUCUCCUCUUUAUUAAAGGACUUGCCUUUAUUUAUAACCUGUGGCUAUCUCCCUUUUUCUUCCAGUGUUGUUUGUGUAUUGUAUUAAGUUUAUUAAUUUCAUUAUGUUUAUUAAUUACAUUUGAACUUGCUUCCUUUCAGUAUCAUGAGAACACUUGCGCACAGUUAUUCAGCUCCCCCAAACAGAUUAUUUUCUCGUAUUCAGUGUUAUUUUUUAACUUUAAUCUCUGCUCUUAAUUCAGCAGCUCCAGUGGUGCAGAAUGGAAAUCUCUUCCAGGUCUCUUCUUAUUUUGCAACUCUGAAUCCUUUCCCAUUUCUGCUGUCUUUCACUCAGUCAAUGCUGCCCAGGCGUCCUACUCUCCAUCACUUUUUCUCAAGGACUCCUGAAACCCAGACAUGGUGCUGUCUGUCUCAGGGUUUCCUCAUUCCUCCUCCCAUCCCUCGAUCAGAUUUGUGCCUGCAUCCCUUCCCCAGGAAAGGACAUUUAUUUACCCCUUCUUCACUAGAGGCAGGCCUUUCCCGCUGCAAUUGCUUUUCUUUGGCACAUUAUUCUGUAUCUAUAAUGGCUUCCUCCAGGGAUACUACCUGAUCUACUGUGCUGAAUACCCAACGGAUUGGUGCACCGACAUCCGAUUUACAUCAGGCCUCCUCUUAUUUCUUCUGGGAAUGGGAAUCAACAUUCACAGUGAUCUCUUACUGCGCCAGCUGAGAAAACCUGGGGAAGUAACUUACAAGAUUCCUCAAGGGGGGCUGUUCACUUAUGUUUCUGGAGCCAACUACUUUGGAGAAAUCGUGGAAUGGUUUGGUUUUGCCAUCGCUACCUGGUCCUUACCAGCCUUCACCUUUGCCUUUUUCACUCUUUGCUGCAUUGGGCCCCGUGCUUACCACCAUCACAGGUACUAUCUCAAGACAUUUACGGACUACCCAAAAUCAAGGAAAGCCUUGAUUCCUUUUGUUUUUAAUGACUUGGAUAUGGAUUCUGUAUCCUAUUUUUAUAGGGCUUUUUCCAAUUCCGAGUUUUAAAGUUAGGUCUGACUAUAAAUAAUUGUACAAAUGAUAACCUGGGGUUGUAAUGGGCAAGAAGGUCGUACAGAACUGAAGUUCUUGUUAUUAAAUACAGGGGAUAUUGCAGACAGUUUUGGUUAGAGGGGCUCCCCAAGUACUUGCUUGUCUGUGGAGUUCCACCUGUGGAAAAUGAGUAUGACUAGUAUGACUCCAUUGACAUCGUAGAAAAAACACUGGCUAAAGUACAGUGCGGAAAAGGAGAAAGUAAGCCCAUGACUUAAGAGAAAGUCUCGGGUCACUCCAAUUUAAAACCAUUCUGCACACCUGCUUCUUCCUGCCUCAUGCUGUGGCACAUAUGCCCUCGUGGCGGUCUCCUUUGUCAAGAAAGUAACUCUACCCUUUAUUUUUCAUCUAGAAGCAAAGUUAGCUCCCAGAGCCACGACACAACAAGAGGACACUUGUGGGCAUGAGGCUGGGAGCAGUGUGUUGUGGCACAGAAGUAGCAUGAAGUAUGUGGAGGUGCAAGCAUCUUGAGCUGCCACAAUGUCUGCUUUACUUCCUUGAGUAAUACCCUUCUCACUGCUAGACAAUUAAUAUUUACUCACCAGAAUUCUUUUUUUUAAAUGUAUGUCAUUAAAAUAGUUGCAGCAGCAUUAGAAGUUUUUUACCUUCUGGCAAAUUCAGAGGUCUUUUCAAAAUAACAAUUUGUUCACUCAAACACACUCAAUUUUUAUUCAUUAAAAAAAAAACAAACUUGAAAUUGUGACGUAUAACAAAGAAACAAUGAAAAUAAAAAGCUCUGGGUUGAAGAAAACAUUCUCAGAUACUGGCAGUACAUUUUGUCUAAGAGGAACGUUUUCAGAUAGUCCUAUUAGGAAAUGAUACACGGAUAUUAUUGAAUUUCCACAAAGACACACAGUAUGUUUUUUCAUAAUUUUAGAAUAUAGUUAGGAAUUUUCGAGAAAAAAAUAUCAUUAACCUUAAUAGGAACAGAUGUUUCAGAAAACACUGAUAGUUUUAGUUACCCUUUGCAGCACAAAAUCCUGCUAAGAAUUAUGCUGAAUGGCGGGGGGAAAAAAAAAGACCAGACCACAUAUUAAAUAUAUUACGUGCUGCUAGAGUAACCUGAUGGGCUGUAUGUAAUUUUCUCUGAAACACAAUAAAAUUUAUGUAAAGCACA